CCAUCACUUCACUCCACGAACAUACUGACACUCACCUAACCAAGGCAACCUAGGAACAUCCGAAUACCCAAACGAACUCAACAAUGGCCUACAUCCCACCCAGCCAGCAGCGCAACAUGCGCGCCUGCAUGGUUUGCAGCAUAGUCCGUACCAACGCCCAGUUCCUCCAGUCCGGCUGCCCUAAUUGUGAGCCCUUCCUCGAGCUCACUGGAAACCCGGAUGCCAUCGCCGACUGCACUUCCCAGGUCUUCGAGGGCCUGUUGACCGUCAGCGACACGAGCAGGAGCUGGGUCGCGAGGUAUCAGCGCUUGGAGGGCUAUGUUCCUGGCGUGUACGCGAUCCAAGUUGAGGGCGUGCUCCCCGACGACAUCGUCGUCGCGGCCGAGAACGCAGGCGUCCACUACAUUCCCCGCGACGGCAGUGUCAGCGAGGCACUCCCCACGGACGGUUGAUAUACCCCAAUUCUUCGCAUCCGUUCGUCUCGGCGAACACUCACCCGCUUCGACACCAUCGUCAGCGCGAUUGAGCGAGCGAGCGAGCAUACUUCACAUUUGUACAAUUACAUACCAGCAUCUUUGAGCGUCGGAGUUUAACGAGGGAAAAUAAGUCAGAAUUGGACGGGGCGUGGGACAUCGGAAACAAAGGAAGGGAAUCUCUUGUACUAAGGCAGAAGGAGGAAGUGAAAGUGGACUCCUUGUUUGUCGAACAGCUACCACCA